UGCAUAAUUCACAAAAUGAAGUCUUUAGGUAUCGCUCUUCUUUGUCUCCUCGGCACACUGUCGCGGGCGCAGGAGCAGGAGAGACUAGUUCAGAUUGAGAAGCCCAUACCGGAGGAGGAAAAUCCGUUGAAAAUUUUCCUUCCAACAUAUUCAACGGGUGAUUUUGCACUAUCUGCAUCUGUCAAACUAAAUUGGUUCCAAGCUGAAGCCACCUGCGCUUCUCAAGAAGGAUAUUCCUUGGUCACGUUAGACAGUCCUGAAAAGCAUGAACGCGUAUUUCUAUUUUUGCUCAAUUCGGGUUAUUUUAAUCUGCUUAACGAACCCGUUUGGACGUCAGGCUCGAACCUGGCCAACGCUUCUCAAUGGAGUUGGUUCAACACUGGAGCUGCCUUAAAAUAUCGCAAAUUUCAGACCACACCCAAUUCCUCGUACCGCUGCCUUGGCCUUGCACGUACCGGUUACUGGAUUCCUGAAGAUUGCUAUGCUCAACGCUUUUUCGUAUGCGAAAAACGAUGCGAAAAAUGAU